CACUGCUCCCAGUUUCUCCGAACUACCCUUUUAUUCGCAGAACGCCGAAAUUGCGUAAAGACCUCCGCAGUGUUUACGGUAGCGACUCAUCUUCGUCAUCUCUCACAUCGAUAUCGGCCAUGUACAAGGGACUAGGUAUCCUCCAGCAUCUACGCGAGAAGGUACUCUCCGGCCAUAAAAAGAACUCGAAGCUCACAGCGGAGCAACGGCGUAUGUACGCUUCAGAGAAGCAGAUGAAUUUCCGGAAGAUUGCGAAGCUAUGUGCUACACGCUCUCGACAUGUCCUGACGGCCGACGACCUCGCUAGCCCCGAGCUGCAGCAGGAGCUCGCAGAAAUAGGACAGUUCGCCGAGGUAGCGUACUCCGUACUGUCCCCGGGAUAUGUCUUCGAGCACCUUGACGCGUUGUCGCGUGCCGACUUCCCCCUGGAGGGAUACGAUGCGUUACCUGGGGCAACGCUCGUAUUGGGUUUCCGCGGAGAGGUUGCGGACUUGCCGGGUUUCGUGGUAUACCGACCUCAAACGAAACAGCUAGUUCUAGCAAUAUCGGGCACCGCGACAGUACGUCACGCGUUGUACGACGUACACUUCCGAAAGAGACGUCACCCGAUCGGACAAGGAUGUGCAGUGCACGCAGGAUUCUGGAAACUGUAUGGGGGAAUAAAGCGGAAGGUGCGGGAAGGGAUAGAGAGAGGUAUGAAGGAGUUUGAGGUGGAUGGGUUGGUCCUUACAGGACACAGCAUGGGCGGGGCUAUGGUGUACUUGUUCGCGUUAGACUUGCUGGGGUCUGAUAGUUCCGAGUUACUGGGCGACACUUCCAUAACAGUAGCAGCAUUCGGGGCUCCCAGAGUAGGCAACCCUGCUCUGGUAGAGGCUUGGCAAGACGCUGUGCGAAAACGCCGCGAGAAGAAGGGAGAACAGGCCGUGCGGGAAUAUUCCAUGAAGGCAUUCAAUGACGGUAAAGAGCUCUGUCAAUUCCUGGGGAAUGAUGUCUCACGAAAGCUUGUUCAACUUACAGGCGUACCAGCCCUACCACCUGCAAGCUUCGGAUAUAGGCACUUCGCGGCGGUUCCGAUGUACUUUUACCACGGCACCCUCUUCUGGGUUCCCGAGUCUGAGAAAGAGCAUGGGAUUUUUGACGUGUCAGAAGAUGCUCUGAUCGUGGACACGUCACUCAAGCACCCGCGUGGAGGACACAACUACUACAACAGCAGGGACCUAGAGAGGUUAAGUCGGCGGAUGGGCUGGGUGCAGGAGAUGAUGGCAGGCGGUACGGAAUGGGAGAGCAAGUAUCUCACAAGGGUCGCCACAUUUGAAGGCAAACGGAGCAGUUGACUUGCUGCAAGCCGAUGAUCGCUAAACACGAGACCAGACGUCUGCUUGUGUUCCCGACCAAGAUCCAGAACAGUUCCCAGGUGCCUAGGCGCGCCGCUGCGACAAGCUUGAAACGUACCGCUGUGAGAAAGACAUAUCGAGGCGAUGCGCUGGCGUGAUGUUAUGACUUCUAUGAAUGUACUGAUGCUAGAGGCAGAUGGCUCUGAAAGACGUUAUGAGGCAAUAUUAUGGACCGGAUGAGCAAGAUGGCUGAUGCCGCAAAGCUGACUCAUGGACACUCGCUUAGGGGAACUCUAUGAUUAGAUAGCA